GUAGAGAGCGGCAUUUAUUUUAUUGAUUUGCAAACCACUGAGAAUGUUCCAUGGCACGCGAUGCAAGGCGAUUGUGAGUCGCCGGCCCCGAACCCAAGGACAUCAUUUCCCCCCUCGCUGUAUUUGGUGAAGCGACUUUAACGUGUUUUCAUGACCAAAAACAGCGGCUGUCGCCCCGUGUUCAAAUCCAAACGGACAUCACACACAAAAACUCACUCCGUGCGCGACAUUCAAAGCACUAAGUAUUCAUCACUAUCAUCAUCAACUGUUUUAAGUGACUUUGGGACUAGAAUAAGGAUUAACUAUUAGCAUGUCGGUGGCUUCAGCAAAUGGCUUCAGCGCCGGAAGCGGCGGCGGCAUCAGCGAGACCGAUAAUGUCUCCGCCCUUGAACUGCAAUCGAAUCGACGCAUGCUGCACUUCAGUGACGGAGUCAUGGAGGAGCUCUCAUCCAGCGAUAGCGAGACAGAGGCGGACGUCCCCGAUAAGUGCUACAAUGUCCAGUUGGACGAGCGCGAAAUGGCGUUGGGGCCGCGCCUACGCUACAAGGCCAGCCGCGUGGGAAAUAAAUUCUUAGCCGGCAUCGACUAUGUGGGCGGUGGCCUGGCCUCCUUGCUAGGCAUCACCAGCGCCAAGUAUGCCACCGAAAUGGAGAACUACCAAAGGGCCAAAAUACAACUCGACGAGGACCUUGACAACAAUUGGCAGCCCCAGCGCUCGCAGAACAACAAUCACAACAACAUGAAUCGCAACGAGACCAUCGUGCUGUGUGCCCCAGCACGCAGCGAGGGGGCGCCGCCGCCAGAUGUCCCCCAACCCCAGCAGCAGGGCCGGCAAUAGUAGGUGUUCGCUCGCUCGCUCGCUUCUCAGGUGGAAAAGGGUUCAGAGAAAUAGAGAGAGAGAGAGAUUUUGAUACUCCUUUUUACAAAAUGGUAAAACCAAAACGCGAUGAUAUUCAACUUUUCGACACACUUUAUUCGCUAGCAAAUAAGUUACAUAUAAUAAAA